AUGAAAGCAGACAGUAGCAGUGUUUCAACUUCCUCAACAUCAUCAGAAAAGUUGGAAGAAACUCGUCCUUCUGUAUUAGUACGAAGAAUUGAUGACAAUAAUGAAGUAGAGGAAGGGGGCACGACUUCCUCAACACAAACAACAACAUCUACAUCAACUACAACAACAACUAGUACAACUUCAACUUCUGAUGUUUCUUCUGCUGUUAUUAAUAGUGGAACGAGAACGGCUGAUUUGGACAGGUUUUUUUGAUAAUUUUUUAAAUUUAGAUGGGAUGGGUUCUGAAAGGGAUGGUUUGAUUUCCAAAGUUUUUGAGUAUAAAGUUUGGGACAUGGGUUUUUUCAGUGUUUUUAGAUUGGGCACCCUUUGUUAUCCUUAUCCUGAUUUUCGGCUAUUGUUAAUUUCUGAUCACUGGUUUUUUGAUUCGGUUUAGAAUGAUAGGCUCCGGGAGUUGUGUCUUACUCACAUCAAUUUUUUAAGAUCAAUUUUAAGUGGGUGGUAUUUGCUGCCAUACACUAGCAUAAUUAUGUUCUAUCCUUUC